AGUUUUUAUCUGGCACCAAAGCAGCACCCCUAAAAAUCCAUUUGCACCUUAAAGGAAGGAGAUGGCACCAGGAAAUUCCUUUUUCUGGGAAAUGGGAGAGGGUUUUUCUGUUGAAAAUUGUCCUGGGGGUGGGUUACUCCCCCUCCCUGUGCUUCAUCACUGGGGUAUUUCCCCCUUUUGACACUUUCCCUUUGGUUUUUGGGUUCCUUUUAGGAGCUGUAGCUCUCCUGCCCCCGUGGAAGUGUGACUGGUAUGGGUAAUGGUGUGAGAGAAGGUCCAGUGGAAUUCCAGAGGGAUGUGGAGCCCAUCACAGCCCGAAUUCCAGCAGAGGAUAACCAGGAGAAGAAGAAAGUGCUGAACUCCCUGAUGUCUGGGGCACUGGCUGGGGCUGUGGCUAAAACUGCAGUGGCUCCUCUGGACAGGACAAAAAUCAUGUUCCAAGUGUCUUCAAAAAGAUUUUCUGCCAAGGAAGCAUACAGGCUGAUUUAUCACACCUACCUCAACGAGGGCUUCUGGAGCCUGUGGAGAGGGAACUCGGCCACCAUGGUGCGGGUGAUCCCCUAUGCCGCCAUCCAGUUCUGCGCCCACGAGGAGUACAAGCAGAUCCUGGGCAAUUACUACGGAUUCCAGGGAAAGGCACUGACACCUUUCCCUCGCUUCAUUGCCGGCUCCCUGGCUGGCACCACGGCUGCCAUGGUCACCUACCCGCUGGACAUGGUCCGUGCCCGCAUGGCCGUCACGCCCAAGGAGAUGUACAGCAGCAUUGUCCACGUUUUCAUCCGGAUAUCCCGGGAGGAGGGGCUGAAAACCUUGUACAGGGGCUUCACUCCCACCAUCCUGGGGGUCAUCCCCUACGCCGGCCUCAGCUUCUUCACCUACGAGACGCUGAAGAAAGUGCACGCAGAGCACAGCGGCAGGGCGCAGCCCUCGCCCCCCGAGCGGCUGCUGUUCGGGGCGUGCGCCGGCCUCAUCGGCCAGUCGGCCUCGUACCCGCUGGACGUGGUGCGGCGCCGCAUGCAGACGGCCGGCGUGCUGGGCCACACCUACAGCUCCAUCCUGCUCACCAUGCAGGACAUCGUCAGGGAGGAGGGACUGGUCAGGGGCUUGUACAAAGGGCUCAGCAUGAACUGGGUGAAGGGCCCCAUCGCCGUGGGCAUCAGCUUCACCACCUUCGACCUGACGCAGAUCCUGCUCCGCAAGCUGCAGCACGGCCCCGCCCUGGACAGGUAGUGGCUGCACCUGCAGGGAAAAUUCAUUCUUCCGUUCUUCCCACCUGCUCCUGCAGCUGGGAACUCACCCGUUUUUUGGGUUGGUUUGUUGUUUUUUGUUGUUCCCAGAUUUUUUUCCCCCCUUCAUGAUUUUGAAGCCUAAUCGUUCUCUAAGCGAAAAAAAAUUCCUGAUCCUGCAGAGCUGAGUCCUCCAAAGCAGCUGCCUCAGCCUUGUGAUGGACUCUGCCCCACCUAUGCUGCUCCUGGCUCCUCACCUGGGCAGGUGGAGGUGCUGGGUGAUGGAACAGGGGGCUCAGAGCUCUGGGGAAGGAAUUCCUGCACCUGGGAAGGGGCAGUGCUGCAGCUCCCUGCAGCCUGCCAAGUGCAAUAUCCCGGGGCAGAGAGGGAAUUCCAGAUUCCUGGAGGGAAUUCUAGACUCCUGGAGAGGGAAUUCCACAUUCUUGGAGGGAAUUCCAGAUUUCUGCAGAGGAAGUUCCAGAUUCUUGGAGGGAAUUCCAGAUUCCUGCAGAGGAAAUUCCAGACUCCUGGAGAGGGAAUUCCAGAUUCCUGCAGGGAAUUCCAGACUUCUGGAGAGGGAAUUCUGGAUUUUUGGAGGCAAUUCCAGAUUCCCCUGGCCUGUGGAAGUAGGCAAGCCCAGUACACUACACUGAAUAUUUCUCUGGCUGGGAAUGCUGCCCCUUUCUCCAUGAUUUUUUUUUUUAUUUUGGCUUGAGCUGCAUCAACACCCCUCAUUUGUGGUGUCCCUCUGAGAUUACCAAAGACUGGAGGCAGCAGAGGAAGGGGAAUUUGCAGAAUUUAUAGUUUUGCAAAUUACAAACAGAAUUUUCCUCUGUGUGUGGUCAGUGUGGCUGUGCCUGCAUUCCCAAACUGGAUCCACUCCCAGCUGCAUUUUUGUGUUUUCCUCCUGUGCUGCCCUCCCUGGAGAAGGCAGAAUUUCCCAGGGGAUACACUGGAAGGAAGGAGCUGUUCCAUCCUUCAAAACCCCAUUUUUUUUGUUUUCAUUCAGUAUUAAUCUCUGCUCUAUGCACCGUGUGAGAACAAAUCCUCAAAAAAAAAUCCCUUUAAAAAAAAAAAAAAAACAAAAAAAGCUGAGCCCAGCUCCUGGCCCUGCUCCUGGUUGUCCUUUUUUGGUACCUGCUGUGUAGGUUGUGUCACCUCUGUUCAUUAACUCAUCCCUAAAAUUCCUCUUGGGAUUUAAUCCUUGUGGGCACCACAGCUUUGACCCUACAGUGCCAAUCACUUCCAGCUGGGGUUUGACAACAAAUGGUCAAGAACCUCUUAGUGUUCCUUUUUCCAAUCAGUUUUCAGGGAAAUGGAGAUUUUUUUUUAAUUUGUUUUUUUUUUUUGGUGGAUGAUCCAUCCUUCUGUUACUUUCAGAGGACAGAGCAGACUUCAGACUCCUCUAAUGAUCAGAUCACACAAACCAAGGUGGAAAAAUCCCUUUUUAAUGUAAGGAAAAAACCCCAAGAUUCAUUUCAAACCUGUCCUUUCCUGGUUUUUGUGGUUUUUAGCUGUCAGAGCCAGAUGGGGUGAAUGGGAAUGGAAGGAAUUGCACAAGGGGGCAGGA